AUGCGCAAGUAUCUCCAGCCCACCCUCGUCCCCCUACUUCUCCGCCCCAACCCGCCUACUGCCUACGAGCUGUGGCUGGUUGGCGGAUCGACAGACGCUUCUCUUGGAGUCUACUUCAAGAUCGCAUUUGUCGCGGGCGAAGCCCUCAACGCUUAUGGCUUCGCCGGCCGCAGGAGACUGCACCUGGCCGAUUUUGAGCGUUCCUUCGAAUGUUCGCAGGAAGCCUUGGACGUCGAGGAUCCUUUGAACGUGCACUUGUUACACGCCGCAUUGCCUACGGCAAGGGUGCAUUCAGUUCCCCAAUCCGCCCAUCUGUACGUCGUCCCUCGUUUGCGUAUUCCUCCCGCCGAAGCCGAGAGGCUCCAGUGUGACACCGCCAUUCAUCUUUCGGAGCUCCUUCUUGUCCGCAUCCUCGGCACUUUGAAGGACUCCACGAUUCGCGCACACGCGUCGCCUUGGACUGUGGCGCAGUUUGCUCAGGUAUACGCCCCCGGCAACUCGAAAGAUCAAGCGACUGAGGCUAUAAGCCGUCGUCCGAUGAGCACAUGUCUCCUCACGCUCGCCAGCGACAUUCCCUACAUCGCCCAGCAGGCCUAUAUGAAGAAGUACGGCAAGGAGAUUCUCCACCCUCGUCGGACUAUGGAGGCGCGCGAGCUCAAGGCGGCAGCGGACGCUGGCGACGAGCUCGCGCAGUACACGUACACCACCACGCGCGCAAGCAUCAACACCGGCAACCAGCGCCGCUACGACCCCGUUCGCGACACGGCGGCUGAGGGUGACGUGGCCCAAUUGAUGCCCGAGGUGGCCAGACGUGCGGCGGAGCACCAGGAGCAGGACAUUGCCGCGGGCGACAUUGACGCUAUUCAGAAGCAGUACGACAAGGCCGCCAAGCAGGACACCUACGACAAGACCCGCCACAGUGGCAUGUCCGUCGUGGCGCUCAACCAGAAGCGCCGCGCCACGACAGCACUCACAUCAAGGCUCUGGCCGAGGCGGCUGGCCCGGGUCGCCGCGUCGCUGAGGGCUGUCUACCUUAUAAUACCCACGUUUGAGGGCGACCACAUGUACACAAGUGACAACGUUCCUCGUAUCAGUUCCCGAGGUCUGAACCUGCAGCGUAACUGGCAGUCUGCCGCCGACGCGAUGAACGGCAAAAGGCGAAGUCUGGAGGACCGGACAUGA